AUGGGUGUGUCCAGGAAACAGAGCAUGAAGGAAACAGCCCUUCCCAGUUGCCUGUCCCUCAGCAACUGGUCUGAAGUGGCAGUGACUGGCCAGGAACGGGAUCUCUGGAACCUGGUGGACAGGAAGAAAACCCUCUACAAAAGUGUCCUCCUGUCCUUUGUGCUGGUGGUCACGGUAGCCGUGUUGCAGAGGGGCAUGGCUCCCAACCAAUUCUUUCAGGGCCAGCAACAGAAAGAACGUCUUGCCGAAGAGUCUGUAAAUGCGCAGAAAAGGGACAGAGUUAUCUCCGAUGCCAACCAUUUCUGGAAGAAGCAGAGUGUCGUUACCAAGGCUUCAGAAGCGGCAGAGAAGCCGGAGAAAUCUUGGGAUGUUACCACUAUCAACUGUACGGCCAACCAAAAUUUCAGCAAGGACAACUGGUUCAAAGGGCUGGAGCCAAACUUCCGGCAAUUUAUGUUGUACCGGCAUUGCAGGUACUUCCCCAUCCUUAUCAACCACCCAGAGAAGUGCAGCGGUGACAUCUACCUGCUGAUCGUGGUGAAGUCUAUCAUCACCCAGCAUGACCGCAGGGAGGCCAUCCGCAGGACUUGGGGCCAAGAGAAAGAGAUGGAUGGCCAGAAGAUCCGGACCCUCUUCCUCUUGGGAGUGGCCUCCAAGGAGGAGGAGCGGGCGAAUUACCAAAAGCUCUUGGAUUAUGAGAAUCGCAUCUAUGGGGACAUCUUACAGUGGGAUUUCUUGGACAGCUUUUUCAACCUCACCCUUAAGGAAGUGCAUUUCCUCAAGUGGUUCAAUACCUACUGUGACAACGUCCAAUACAUCUUCAAGGGUGACGACGACGUCUUUGUGAGCCCAGAUAACAUUGUGGAGUUCCUGCAGGAUCAGAAGCCGGGCGACCUAUUUGUGGGCGAUGUUCUCUUCAAGGCCCGGCCCAUUCGCAAGAAGGAGAACAAGUAUUACAUCCCUGCUGCCUUGUACAACAAGAACACCUACCCGCCGUAUGCCGGCGGUGGCGGUUUUGUUAUGAACGGCCCUCUGGCCAAGAAGCUCCACAAAGUCUCGGAAACCCUGGAGCUGUAUCCCAUCGACGAUGUGUUCUUGGGCAUGUGCUUGGAGGUCCUUAAGGUGACGCCUGUGGCUCACGGUGGCUUCAAGACGUUUGGCAUUGUGAGAAACAAGAACAGCAAAAUGAACAAGGACCCCUGCUUCUACCAGAACAUGCUGGUGGUUCAUAAACUCCUUCCCCUGGAGCUGCUCACCAUGUGGGAUUUGGUCCGCAGUAACUUAACGUGCUCUAGAAAACUGCAGAUCCUUUAGCACUCCCUGUGGGAGAAGCUUAAGGGGGAGAAAUUGGUUGCUGAGAGUCAUGGGUGAAAUUCCAGCAUCCUUGUUUCCAGCAGUGUUGAAGGAGGAACCAUAUUGAAGGGGGUGGAGUUAUUGGUGGAAAGAGGCUCUGGAAAGUGAGGGGUUUUGUGGGCGGAGGAGGGUAUUUUACUUGCUCCCCUUUUGCUGGGGUUUUUGGGGAGGUUGCAGAAAGGAUCUGACAAAGAUGGUCAGAAAUUGCUAACGGGGGAAAAUGUGGGAAAGAGAUGGAACCAGCUGUGCUUGGGGGAAGCCCUGGAGAUUCUGCCACCAGCGUUCUUGGGGAGGUGCAGGAAUGAUCCAUGGUGUGACCAGACCAAAGUCGGGCAGAGAUGCCCUUUUGUUUUGAUUUUGUUCUUUCGUGGCGUGCUUUUCAGCCGAGGGCUGGCCCCAAAGCUAAGACACAGCCCUGUGUGUGCAUUUAUGCAUGUGUGAAUGUGCGUGUGUGUGUGUGUGAGAGAAGUUUAAAACUGCAUGGAAUGAAUUUUGAAUCAACACUUGAAGUAAAAACGCUAAGAUACCCCUCCUACUUUCCCCUCCUUGCCAUCUGAAGGUGCUCCAAGAAACAGAACAGGGUGUUUUUUUUUUUAGUCACUGUGUGUUUUUUAAAUCGCUGUUUGUGGUGGGAGAUGGCUCUGCUAAAAUGUCAACACAUGUUUGCCUCCCUGUCUGGAGGCACCCAGCUUCAUUUUACCUACAGGCAUCCCUUUAUGAGAAAAAGAUCAUGUUCAUCUACCUCUCUCUGCAAACUGCGUAAUGCUCUCUUGCAGACUCUGCAACCUCUUGCCCUCCAGAUGUUUGGAUGUAGUCCAAAACAUCUGUCGGACACAAGGUUGGCAAAGGCUGUUCUGGUGAACCUCUACCAUCUGCAAACUGAGGCUGAUUUUUUUAGAAAAACAAAACAGAAGUGCCACCAUAAGGGGUGAAAGAUUAUUGUAUUUUCCCCGCUCUUUGCGGUGAAAACGAAACCCAUCCACAAAUUAUCUUCCAGUGUGUGUGUGUGUGUGGGGAAUCAACAGAUCUCUCUCUCUCUCUCUCUGCUAGUUAUUUCUGUUUUACCACACGUGGGAUAUUUAAUUUUAAAAAGACAAUUUAUUGCUGAAUAAUGCAUUGUCCAGCUGGUGGGGGGAGUUUUCCCUGUGAAUCAGAAAUCUGUAAACCUGACAAUAAGCUUGCUAUAUGACAAGUCUGUUCAAAUGAGAGCUGUCCAGCUGUGCCCAAACCCUGCAUUUCUGCUUUUAUUUUAUUUUUCUGUUCCCCAAGUGUGAACAAAUGGUUUAUUCCUCAGAAUGUGAGCUUGGGUUCCAGGGUAGGUUUGAGCUGCGUUUUCAGGGCAAGGUGCAUACAGCCUAUCCCAGGACCUAGAGCCAGCUCUCUUAUUCGGAAGAGUGUACAUUGGGCACCAUGUGCCUGUUUGGUAAAGAUUACUAGGUGGGCAAUGGCUUUCUUUCCCCAAACACAGAAACUGGGGUGGGAUGUGAAAUAAAUGAAAUAUGACUGAAA